AUAUGGUUAUUUGAGGCUGAGACGACCCUCGUCUCUCUCUUCCCUCCCCUCUUCUCUGUUCCGUGUAAAACCCUAACUCUGUAAUCAAAUCCGAUAAAUCUAAUUUCUCCUUCCUCCCUCCUCCCUUCGCCCUUUCCAUUCUAAAAUAUCUACUUUCUGCUUUUCUUGAAUCUCUCAUCAGAUCCGUCGAUCCAUUUAUUGAUCCAUUCGUCUUCAAAUUCAAUUCUCCCAGUUUUUCUUCUUCAAUCGAAUGCCACGACAUUUUUCAUUUUCUCAUCAUCUCCCCCCAAUCUUUCUUCAAAGGUUCAUUGCUUAUUCUCCUUUGUUUUCAAUUCCCCGCCGGGUUUGCAAUUUUUCUUUGUGAAGGAAUAUUUGUUUUCAAGAUUUUGAGGAUUCUUGGACCGUGAAGAGAGGAGGUAGGUAAGGCUGGCGAUUGUUGCUGAUAUCAGGUGAUGGCGGAACCGCCUCACGUCCGCCGCAGCAGCAGCUCUGUUAUUGUUCCCUGUUCCGAAUUUGAAGCCUUAGUUUGCGUCAACCACGUUGGUUAUGAAGUAUCAGCUGUAGCUCUAGAAUCAGUGAGAAAAGAGUGGACCAAUCUGCGUAUCCCAGAAUGCUGACUGUGCUGCGAGUGCAUCUUCCGUCAGACAUUCCCAUAGUAGGCUGCGAGCUCACACCUUAUGUUCUUUUGCGCCUCCCUGAUAAGUCUGUAGCCACUGACGAUGUCCCCGAGUCCGCCCCCAUCAAUGGCCACUUCUUGAGAUACAAGUGGUACCGCAUACAAAGUGACAGGAAAAUUGCCAUAUGUAGUGUCCAUCCAUCUGAGCAAGCUACAUUACAGUGCCUUGGAUGUGUUAAGGCUAAAAUCCCAGUUGCUAAGAGUUACCAUUGCUCUCCUAAGUGUUUUGCAAAUUCAUGGCAGCAUCACCGUGUUUUGCAUGAACAUGCUGCCAAUGCUGUCAAUGAAAAUGGCAAUGAGGAGGAAGAAGUAUUUGGGCGCUAUAAUAGCACAGGAAGUGGUGUAGUUAAUACAGGCUUGCCUCCAUCACAAUCAGCUGGCAACUUAGCAAAUGGAGCAACACCAUUAUACCCUGCAGCAGUCACACAGAGGAGUGGUGAAACUUGGUUUGAAGUUGGACGGUCUAAAACAUAUACACCAACCAGUGAUGAUAUUGGUCAUGUCCUUAAAUUUGAAUGUGUUGUUUUAGAGGCAGAAACUAAUAUUCCAGUUGGCCAUGUGAAUACUAUACUGACAUCUCGUGUGAUUCCGGCUCCAUCUCCUACUCCACGUCGCUUGAUUUCAGUCAGAGAAGAUGAGAGUCCUGUAAUUCCUGAUUUAGGUGGCCGCAUUUCGUCUUCCGGAACGUUUACUGUGCUCUCAUACAACAUCUUAUCUGAUUCCUAUGCGACAAGUGAAUUAUACAGUUAUUGUCCCUCCUGGGCCCUUUCUUGGACAUAUCGUAGGCAGAACCUAUUGCGUGAAAUAGUUGGCUAUCGUGCUGACAUUGUUUGUCUUCAAGAGGUUCAAAGUGAUCAUUUUGAAGAGUUCUUUGCUCCUGAGCUGGACAAGCAUGGUUAUCAAGCUCUUUUCAAAAGAAAAACUUCUGAGGUAUUUGGUGGAAAUAUGAAUAGUAUUGAUGGUUGUGCUACAUUUUUCCGGCGAGAUAGAUUUUCACAUGUUAAGAAAUAUGAGGUUGAGUUUAACAAAGCUGCACAGUCGUUGACUGAUGCUCUAGUUCCUAGUGCUCAAAAGAAAACCGCUCUAGGUCGUUUGAUCAAGGAUAAUGUUGCACUCAUUGUGGUUCUGGAGGCAAAGUUCGGUAACCAGGGAGUUGAUAACCCUGGGAAGCGUCAGCUUGUUUGUGUGGCAAAUACUCAUGUGAAUGUUCAACAUGAAUUGAAGGAUGUCAAGCUUUGGCAGGUUCAUACACUCCUGAAAGGGCUGGAAAAGAUUGCUGCUAGUGCUGAUAUUCCAAUGUUGGUGUGCGGUGAUUUUAAUUCGAUGCCUGGAAGUGCUCCUCAUGCACUCCUCGCAAUGGGCAAAGUUGAUCCAAUGCAUCCAGAUUUAGUAGUUGACCCUCUUGGUAUUCUGCGUCCAACCACCAAGUUAACACAUCAACUGCCGCUGGUAAGUGCUUACACUUCCUUUGCUAGAAUGGAGACUGGUCUUGGGAGUGAGCGCCACAAGAGGAGGAUGGAUCCUAUUACCGAAGAGCCCCUAUUUACAAAUUGUACUAGAGACUUCAUUGGUACUCAUGAUUAUAUAUUCUACUCAGCGGACUCGCUAACCGUCGUAUCAUUGUUGGAGCUCCUAGACGAGGAUAGCUUGAGAAAGGACACAGCACUUCCUUCUCCAGAGUGGUCUUCUGAUCAUAUAGCCCUGUUAGCUGAGUUUCGCUGCAAAUCAAAAACUAAACAUUGACACAAUGCCGGGUGACAGGUGUUUGGUAGAAGAUGGAUGAUUUUGGAAAUAGAGGCAGAAAGAGUGAUGAGAGGGUUAAAAUGAUAAAAGCCAUUGUAACAAUAGUAGAUGAUGAUGGUGUGUUCUUGGUAUCCAUCCCCACGAGGGUCCCCUUAGCUAUUGAUCCUUCUUUGUAUUAUGCUGCUGCCUUAGUCUCAUAGGAAAAGAAUGAUAUAAUGUUCACACUUCCCUUCUUCUUUCAAUUGAAAUAGAAAUAUCAUCUUGCAAUACUUGAA